AUGCCCGAGCACAUUCCUCCUAGGACGGCUUCGUCCUCAUCGGCGCAGGCCAUCGAGAACAUUGCGCAGGGCAAGACCCUCUUCAUCGACAACUAUGACUCCUUUACCUACAAUAUCGUACAGUUCCUCGCCGAGCUCGGAGCAGAUCUGCACGUCUAUCGUAAUGACGAGCUCACCCUGGCAGAACUGAUUGCCCUGCAACCCUCCCGCCUCAUCAUCUCGCCUGGGCCCGGCCACCCCCUGAAGGACAGCGGCAUCUCCAUCGAGGCCAUCAAGCACUUUGCUGGCAAGAUUCCCAUCCUGGGCGUCUGCAUGGGUCUGCAAUGCCUCUAUGCAGCCUAUACGGGUGUAGUUGACUUUGCGGGGGAGAUUCUGCACGGCAAGACGUCAAAGAUCGAACAUGAUGGCAAGGGACUCUAUGCCGGAUUGGGUCAGGUGGUGGGGACACGAUAUCACUCCUUGGCAGCCAACGUCAGCUCGCUACCGCCCGAGCUAGUAGUGACCAGCAAGACGGCGUCCGGUGUGGUCAUGGGCAUCAGGCAUACCCGACACGCAAUCGAGGCCGUGCAGUACCAUCCUGAAUCGAUCCUCAGCGUUGGGGGUAGGGAGAUGAUCGCCAACUUCUUGCGCUGGACUGGGCCUGACUGGGCUGACAACCCACAAGCAGGAAUCGAUGAGGUCGCCAUCAAGAGGGCGGAGAAGACGAGCGCGCCCGUCAUGGCUAUGGGAGCUGGUGCGGCCGCGGCUGGCGCGGCGGGAGCGGCGGGAGCGGUAGCUGCUGUCAACGGGGCCACAAAUGGGUCCUCCCCUUCCACGGGCGCCGCCGACCAAUCAGCCAUCAACCCCUCUUCCGUAGGCACGAUCCUUCAGCGUAUCCACCUGCAGCGCCUCAAGGACAUUGCCGUCUCCAAAUCGACCCCAGGCCUCUCCCCACUCGACCUCCACCUCUCCCUCUCUAUGCACCUCUCUCCGCCGCUCAUCUCCUUCCCUCGUCGACUGGCCGCACGCUCCCAUCUUGGCGUCGUCGGCUUGAUGGCAGAGAUGAAGCGCGCCUCCCCCUCCAAAGGCGAUAUCGCACUCGCAGCGCAUGCAGGUGCCCAAGCCCUCGCCUACGCCCGAGCAGGAGCCGACGUCAUCUCGGUGCUCACCGAACCAAAGUGGUUCAAGGGCUCGCUGAGCGACCUUGCCCUUGCCCGUCGAGCGGUUGAAGGUCUUCCCAACCGUCCCGCUAUCCUUCGCAAAGACUUCAUCGUUGACCCCUACCAAAUCGACGAAGCCCGUCUGCAUGGCGCCGACACGGUCUUGCUCAUCGUGGCUAUGCUCGACGACAUCCUCCUUAAGCAACUCUACGACUACUCGGUCAGUCUGGGUAUGGAGCCUCUGGUCGAGGUAAACAACUCAGCAGAGAUGGAGCGAGCACUACAGUUGGGAGCGAAGGUGGUGGGCGUGAAUAACAGGAAUUUGCACGACUUCAAUGUGGAUAUGGGCACGACCAGUCGAUUGGCGGACGCGGCGAGACAGGGUGGGGUGACCCUCUGCGCGCUGAGUGGGAUAUCGAAGAGGAGCGAUGUGCUUGGCUACCAGCGAGAGGGUGUUGGUGCAGUAUUGGUGGGCGAGGCAUUAAUGCGCAGCCAGGAUAAGCGGGCGUUUGUGAACGAGCUGGUUGGAUUCAACGAGGACGGCGCGCCUACUACGACGCCGGAGAAGCCCCUGGUCAAGAUCUGCGGCCUCUCCACGGUCGAUGCAGCGGUGACUGCCACACUCGCCGGCGCCGACAUGCUUGGCCUCAUCUUCGCGCAGGGCACGAAACGAACAGUCAGCGAAGCACAAGCUGCCGAGAUCAUCUCCGUCGUCCGCUCCCUUCGCUCAGGCGCUGGUACAACGGCAGCUCAAGCCGCUCCCACUUCCUCGGACGUUGCGGCUGCUGCGGCGUUGGCAUCCGCAUCCACCCCGCAGGACUGGUUCGACUAUACGGCGUCGACUGUUCGCCGGGCGACUCUGCGCUCUAAGCCGCUGAUCUUCGGUGUCUUCCGUGACCAAACGGUCGAUGAGGUUGUACGCGUGGCAACUACCCUUCGCCUUGACGGCGUACAAUUGCACGGCCGUACGGAGGAUGUGGAGUGGGCGAGACUUCUUCCGGGUGUGUGGGUGACAAAAGUAUUCCACGUCGGCAAAGACGGGGCUGUAGGCGGGCCACUCCGCGAGUUGGGCCGCAGAGGAUACCACCAUUUUGUUGCGUUGGAUACGGCGGGCGCAGGUGGGGCUGGUGGGCAGGGAGAUGGUGGGAGUGGCAAGACUUUCGACCACUCGCUUCUACCCAACCUCGCUCAGACCGAGCCUGCCCUCGAAGGGCUGCGUCGAUCUCUCGCUGCCUCCUCUGACGGUGCAGCUUCGGCAGCCCCCAGCUCUCUCCCUCCUUGUCACCCUAUGCCGAUCAUCCUCGCUGGUGGCCUCCACCCGGGUAAUGUGCGCCAGGCGGUCGAGCUUGCCCAGCAGGCGGGCGUGCAGGUGCUGGCUGUUGAUACCAGCUCAGGCGUUGAAGGCGAGGAUGGGAGGAAGGACACGGCCAGGAUUCAGGCGUUCGUGGGGGCGAUGAAGUAGGCCAUGGGAAGAGGGAAAGUGUAUGCUUUGUUAUUAAUCGAGAUCAAUGG